ACAAAAAAAAAAAAAAAGUACCUUGCUCAUGAUGUAAAACAUAUAUAGAAGGUAGAAGGGGAGAGUACUUAAAGAGAGUAGCUAGGACUAAUAGUUAGUAAAGCCACUAUGACGCUCGAAGCGUUGCCAUCAAACGAGCUCCCGGCGUUUCUCAUCUACGACACAAUAAACGCGGCCGCCGCUGCCGCCGCCGCCUCGAGCUCGCGCUUACUCUUCAAUGGCAACGGCGGUAUCACAGAGGAGAGUCCGUUGAUAGGUGGCAUGGCUGCGAUGGCGGAGGAGGUGGCAGUGGCGGCGGGGGAGGGGAGGAGGAAGCGGCGGCGGCGUGCGAGGAGCGGGAAGAGCAAGGAUGACGCGGAGAGCCAGCGGAUGACGCACAUUGCCGUCGAGCGCAACCGCCGCCGCCUCAUGAACGAGCACCUCGCCGUCCUCCGCUCGCUCACACCAGACUCCUACGUUCAGAAAGGUGACCAAGCUUCAAUUGUGGGCGGAGCAAUUGACUUUGUGAAGGAGCUGGAGCAACUCCUCCAAUCUCUAGAAGCCCAAAAGCGAACACUACUGCAGCAGCAGCAGCAGCAGCAACAAAAGGGCAACAGUGACAUUUUCCCCACAGCUUGUUAUGAGAAUGACUCCCCUCCCUUCGCCCAGUUCUUCUCCUACCCUCAAUACGCAUGGUGCCAUCCUGCUCGCGAUUACCCCUCGCUAGAGAUCCAGCACCGGCCCGCGACGGUCGCACCGUCGGUGGCCGAUAUCGAGGUGAGCCUAAUCGAGACGCACGCGAAUAUCCGCAUACUAACCGCGAGGCAGCCCGGGCAACUCCUCAAGAUGGUGGCCGGAAUUCAAAGCCUCAGGCUCACCAUCCUGCACCUCAAUGUGACCGUUCUAGACGCCAUUGUGCUCUACUCUCUGAGUGUCAAGGCUUUAUGAGUGUCCUAGGUUUUGUUGUUUUGCACCAGCAGGGGGACCCCCGAAAAAAAAGAAAAGAAAAAAAAAGUGACCUUUGGUGGUGACCUUUGGUGGUGCUGUCAACUUCCACAUAUCUUAUUAAUCCAUAGUCAGCAGAGUGAUCUUAAAAGAUACUACAUAGAUAAAUUUUAAAUUUUCAUUUUAGAGCUUUAGCAGUCACAGGCUCACAGCUGAUAUAUUUCAUGUGUCUGCUGGGUUGCUGAGAGAGAAUCUCUGGGGAGAGAGAGAGAGAGAGAGAGAGAGAGAGAGAGAGAGAACAAUUGCGAUGACACCCUUCCCUGUUGCGUUUCACAGAGCAGUGGCUUUUGCUCUGCUACAGGGUGGGUCCAUUUAACAAUAGAUGCUGUGCUGCUUUUGACCAGAAAAGGUUGAUUGAGAUGCUAUUCUAUAUUUGGGAGAUAUUCAUCCUUGAGUACGCUAUUGUUGAUUGGCAUCGGUUUCCUUUGAUAUUACAGGUCUGAAUUUCUAGGAAUUACUUUAUAGCAAUGAAAAU